AUGACGGGACAGGCUCGCUGUAAAUGCGCCGCGGUCUCUCCUGGGAACGACAUGAAAAUUACUUUGAGGGGGAGCGGCGCUCUUCCUCCCGUUGCAAAUAAUUCGGACGGCAUCCUGGGCUCCAAAGUGGCCUUGAUCGGCACUAUCGGGGCCAGCUGCAUCAUCUUCCUCGUGCUCAUCCUCCUCCUGGUCAUCCUCCUCAUCAAGAUGCGCAAGCGGGCCAGGAAAAACGCCCACUCUCAGGCCCGCCCCUCGGCGCUGUCGCUCAGCACGCUGUCCAACCCCAAGCUGCCCAGCGGCACGGCCGGCACGGAGCCCAGCGACAUCAUCAUUCCGCUGCGGACAGAGAACAACUACUGCCCUCACUACGAGAAGGUGAGCGGCGACUAUGGCCACCCGGUCUACAUUGUCCAGGAGAUGCCUCCGCAGAGCCCCGCCAACAUCUACUACAAAGUCUGA